UCCACAGGAAAAGCAGAAUGUCCCACUGGAUCAUCAAAAUCAGGUCACCACAAAGGACAAGAGCAAGUGGAUAUAAGGUUCAGUUUCCAGAAGCAAUGACAGGCUUUUUACCAUACAAUAAUGUAAGAACUGGAGGUGAUGAGCACAGCGUCCUCUCCAGGAUAGGAUCAGGAAAGUUCUGGUGGAACGACGAGUGAGCUCAAAAAACCCGGAUCAGUGUCCGCGAAUGGUGAAAACGGGAUGAGAGUAUACCAUAAGAAUCUUCAUUUAUCUUCCUCUGAUAAAGCAGAAAAUAACAAUACCACACAAGCUAAUUCAAUUGCUCCUAAUGUACCCUCAGUCCUUCACAGUGGAGAUCUAUCCACCGAUACCGCUGGUCACAAGAAACCUUCAUCUAAUCAAUCAAUGACUGGCAAAACAAGAACUAAACAGAAGCGUGGAAAAAUAUUUUCACAUGGGAAACCUUUUAAAAAGAAAUCAAAUUUUUCUUUACAUGAGAGAAAUUUCAGAGAUAAAAGGUCAUUUCCAUGCUCUGAAUGUGGAAAAUCUUUUACCAGGAAAUUCAUUCUAGUUGGACAUCGGAGAAUUCACACAGGGGAGAAGCCGUAUUCAUGUUCAGAAUGUGGGAAAUGUUUUAUUCAGAAAUCUGAUCUUGUGACACAUUUAAGAAUUCAUACAGGGGAUGAGCCAUUUUCAUGUCCUGAAUGUGGUAAAUGUUUUCGUGUGAAAUUAAAUCUUGUGAGACAUCUAAACAUCCACUUAGGGGUGAAGCCAUUUUCAUGUUCUGAAUGUGGGAAAUGUUUUAGUCUGAAAUCACAUCUUGUGACACAUCUAAACAUCCACUUAGGGAAGAAGCCAUUUUCAUGUUCAGAAUGUCAGAAAUGUUUUAGUCAGAAAGCUGUUCUUGUGAGCCAUCAGAGAAUUCACACAGGAGAGAAGCCGUUUCAGUGUCCUGAAUGUGGGAAGUGUUUUCGUGUGAAAUCAAUCCUUGCAGCACAUCAAAGAAUUCACACAGGAGAGAAACCGUUUCUUUGUCCUGAAUGUGGAAAGCGUUUUUGUAAUAAAUCAGAGCUUCUUUUACAUCAAAGAAUUCACACAGGAGAGAAGCCAUUUUCAUGCUCAGAAUGUGGGAAAUGUUUUAGUCAGAAAUCAAGUUUAGUUAAGCAUCAGAGAAGUCACACAGGGGAGAAGCCAUUUUCAUGUAUUGAAUGUGGAAAGUGUUUUAGUUAUAAAUCAGAGCUUGUUCCACAUCAAAGAAUUCACACAGGAGAGAAGCCAUUUUCAUGCUCAGAAUGUGGGAAAUGUUGUAGUCAGAAAUCAGGUUUAAUUAAGCAUCAGAGAACUCACACAGGGGAGAAGCCAUUUUCAUGUAUUGAAUGUGGAAAGUGUUUUAGUGAUAAAUCUGGUCUUGUGAAACAUCAAAGAAUCCACUUAAAAGAGAAGACAUUUUCAUGCUCAGAAUGUGGGAAAUGUUUUAGUUAUAAAUCUGGUCUUGUGAAACAUCAAAGAAUCCACUUAAAACAGAAGACAUUUUCAUGCUCAGAAUGUGGGAUAUGUUUUUUCCUUCAAUCAAGUUUAACUCGGCAUCAGAGAGCUCACACAGAGGAGAAGUCUGACCUGUCUUCAAGAUAAGUCAUCAAUAUCAGAUUGGGGUUGUUUCAAAACUCGAGAGCCCCACUGGGGGGCCUCCUUGCAGCUUACAAGGCACAAUGCUUUCCAGUGCUCGGUAUGGCAGCUCAGUCUUAUUCACUUCAAUAUCACUGAGCUGCUUCUAGGCCAUAUUAACGAUGAAUGAGACUACAGAAUACAGUUCAAACUCUUCACCCUCACCCACAAAGCUCUCCACAGUGCUGCACCUCCAUUUAUCUCCUCCCUCAUCUCCAUCUACCACCCUACUCGUGCUCUCCGUUCUGUUAGCGACCUAAGAUUAAUAACCUCCAUAAUUCUUACCUCUCACUCCCGUCUUCAAGACUUUUCUCGAGCUACACCUACCAUACUCUUCCCUGGAAUACUAGGUAAAUUCACAACUUCUCCACCUUCAAACGUGCCUUAAAAACACAUCUUUUCAGACAGGCUUAUCAAGCUACCUCAAAUGACUUUUCCCAGACUAAACCUUUCCCCCACC